ACAUUUCUUAUUGCAAAUACCGUAAAAUUGUACCUGAGUUCAUGUAAUUUGUUCUUUAUCUGUUUCAAGGACUCUUAAAGCUAAAAAUCUUGCUUGCAUUUAAAUUUUUUGUUCUUCCUGAGACUCAUGAGAAGAUACACAGGGCUGAAAUCAGAUUGCAGCGAUGCCACACCAAUACUUGGCCUUUGUUCCCUCUCUCCUUCCUGUUAUAACUCUCACUGGCUGUGUUUGACUUUCACGGUGUGACAUUGGGGAGCUUCUCACUCGCCUCCUGUAUUAGUUUCGCCCGCUUUCCCUCUGACUUUGGGAGGAAAAAAAAUACUUGAAGUGAGAGUAGAAAAAGAGAGGAAGCGGACAGAAAAACAUAAAAAAAAGGUAAAAGCCAUGUGUUGUACGGGGAAGUGUGCCCGCCUGGUGGGCCUGAUCCUGCUGCCUUCAGCGUUCAUCUGCAUGAUCGCCAACCUGCUGCUGUUCUUCCCCAACGGGGAGCAACUGAAAAAUGAUCAGAUCUCGCUCCAGGUCUGGCUCAUGGGGGGGCUCAUCGGAGGAGGCCUCUUUAUGCUGUGUCCGAGCUGCUCAGCUAUCAGGGCCGGGGGCAAAGGUUGCUGCGGAAAUGGCUGCUGUGGAAAUCGUUGCCGGAUGCUGAACUCUGUGUUCUCCUCUGCGUUUGGCCUGGUUGGAGCGAUCUACUGCACCAGCGUGGCCUCUGCUGGUCUGGCUAUCGGACCCAAGUGUCGGUUGGCCAAUGGCGAAUGGAAAUACCCCUUUGAAGACUUCGGCACUGGUAAUGGCAGCUACCUUGUAAACCAGACCAUGUGGGCAAUCUGUGAUUAUCCCCACAACGCAGUGAUGUGGCACGUCGUUCUGUUCUCCAUGCUGCUGGCCGUGGGGGUGGUGCAGCUGGUGCUCUGCGGCAUCCAGGUGGUCAACGGCUGCUUGGGAUGCAUCUGCGGGGACUGUCGCGAAAGCAAAGAUGUAGGUGAACAAGUCCUGAAACUCCAAACAUAAAAAAAAGUACACUGAGUCAGGAGAGGAUGCAUACAACUCUUUGUAAUGAGUGUCAGUACUUCAGAGUCCAGGAGGUCAUGAAAGCUACACAGAAGGAUUUGGAGCGGCCACAAUAGGGGGAAGCAAUAAAAUGUGAAACAAUUUUAUCAAACGAGAGUACUGCUGGGAGUUAGACAGCCACUCUUACAGCUUGUUGAAUGAAUAAGUGGUGUUUUGAUCUCUAUCAGGUCUGCCACCGAUGGAAAACAGGAAAGAGAACAUGUGAUGUAGUUUUGAUCCUGUGUUGAUAAAGUGUGCUGUUCUUACACUUUUAUAUGUAGUGCAAAAGCUGUUUCCUCUUGUUUCCUGUAUUUGUGCUAAGCUAAGCGGCGGUUGGCUGUAGCUUAUGUAUCGUACAAACACAAGAGUGGUAUCAAUCCUCUCAUCUUGCUCUUAACGAGAAAGCGAGUAAGCGUAUUUCCCGAUAUAGUGAACUUUUCUUUAAAAGGAAUUGGAUUUUUUAAAUAAUAAAGUCGGGAUAACUUUCCCCCUCAGUCUUUGUGCUAAGCUAACCUACUCAUAUGACUAUUGUAUGGUGACUGAUCCAUGAAUAAGUAAACUAGCAGCUUGGCAGGAAAACUUGGAAAUGUUUAAUUUUGCACACGCUCAUUUUCUACACAGGUUGAGCAUUAAAACAGGGUUGAACAUUUAACGAGGACGCUAAAAAGUGUUUUUGCUGACUUGUAUUUGGACUCAUUUCACCCUAAAGGACCGUUCAGGAUUCACAUACACGACUGCACCAUAUUUGUAACUUUUCUCAGAAAAUGACAGACACGUCCACUUGUGUAUUGUACCAACAAAUAUCUACACAUUAACAUGAUGCUCACAUUUAUUAACAGCUCUGUCAUUCAUCUGAGAGCUUGCUUCCUGUCCCAAACACGAGAUAAACAUGCGACUUCUGUCCCG